GUCCCUCACAAGUUGGCAACAUGUCCCAAGCAUCUCAUAACCUAUUUCCUUUAAUUAUCAUAAUAGUCCUCUUUGUUUCAUUCCUUCUUUCUUCCCAUUACAAUGAGCGUCAGGGAGCAAGUUUCCGAGCAAGGUCUCUUAUAAGUUAG